AAUAUGUAUGCGUGCAUUGUAUGUAGUUAGAACAUAAUGCCCCAGUGACUCACGUAGUUUGUCGAUAACCAGUCUGUUUGCGGGGGCCGGAGGAAAAGGUUCGUGGUUGGUAUAAACGUCGCUUUAAACAGGAUUGACGAAAUCGUCGCUUUUUUCUGCUUGGAUACCUUCAGUCAUGGAUGAGGAAUGGACAUGCAGGACAUGCACACUCAUCAACAGUGGCGACCGGCAGAACUGCAUGGCAUGUUACAGGGCAAAGCCACGACGGGAACCUGGACUACCAAAUGUAACUUAUCCAGAGCCAAUGAGUUAUUAUCAAACACAACAGCAUAAAGGCGCAUCGUAUGGGUGUUCCACAGACCUCUGCCCGACCAAUGAAAGGAGAAUAGUUUUCCUUGGUAGAACAGGGUCAGGGAAGAGUGCCACCUGCAAUAACAUUUUGGGGGACAUAGUAUUCGAAUCAAGUGCCUGUGGGUCAUCUGUAACCAAAUCGUGCAAGAGAGGGAGAGGGAGCAGAUUUAACAGGGACAUUCAAAUAACCGACAGCCCUGGCUUGUUUGACACAGGUAUGACAAAUGCUGAAACCACGAAGGAAGUAGUGAAAUGUAUCGGCAUGACAGCCCCUGGUCCCCAUGCCUUUGUCCUCGUUGUCAGGAUUGACCGUUUUACAAAGGAAGAGCAUGAUACCGUUGAACAUUUCAGGCAGGUCUUCGGGUGUGACAUGUUGAACUACCUCAUUGUUCUGUUCACAAGAAAAGAUGAUCUACAACAUGAAAAAAUAUCUCUACAAGAGUACUUGAAGAAAGUACCUCAGGAACUGCAAGUUCUACUCAAGUCCUGCAACAACAGAUGUAUUGCCUUCAAUAACAGAGGCAGUGAUGAGGAGAAGAACAAGGAUGUCCAGGACUUCCUCACACUGGUGGACCGGAUGCUCCUUGACAACGGGGGCAAGUGCUACACCAGUGAAAUGUAUGUUGAGGCUGAGAAGAACAUGAAGAUGAGGGAAGAACAGUUGAGACAGAAACAUGAUCAGAAACUCCAGGAAGAGAGAAAUGCAAUCAGGCGAGAUUUCGAGCUGAAACUUCUGAUGAAACAGGAUGAAGACUUGAAUAUGAGGAAACAAUUGGAGGAGAGAAUAGAAGCACUGGAAAGAGAGAAAACCGAAAAAGCUGAAAGUAAAGCUGAAAGUGUGAUGGCGGCGCUUUCAAAGGAAAUCGAAGAACUGAAACUAGCUGUGAAUGAAGCGAAGGAAGAAAAGAAGGAAUCAGAUAAACAGUUGGAGUUGGAGAGCAGGAGGAAGGAGCAAGAAGCCAUUAAAAGACAUGAGGCCGAAAAGCCGGACUUUCGAGAGGAGACGCGAAAAGAAUUAAAUGACGAUAAUUCCGAUAUCAUGACCAAGCUGGAAACUGCUCUACCUGUGAUCAUCAACAGUAUACUUCCGCCUAUCAUACCGGCUGCUGUGAAUUAUAUUAAAGGAUUCUUUCCUAAAUAAAACUCGUGUCGGGAUGUUGUUUGGAGAAAGAAUGCAAUGAGGUCUGAACACGAACAACUCAGACAACAUAAACAGCAUGUGGUCGUAGUAGAGGGACUAGCAUCCGCCCUUUGUAACUGUUGAGACAGAAGAAAAACAACUCGCUUUAUUCAUUGUAAAUAAUUUUGAUACAAUAACACCUUUGUAAUUAGGUAGCAAAAUUUAGUUGUGUAGAUCACUGGGUGUAAUUACAGGGAAAACGUGGGGUUUUGUGAAGCAUAUUGCUUUCCCAUGCUGAUUGUGCUCAGCAAACGACUUUCCACAACGCUCGUUGGAAUACACAGCGUAGUUGUGGCGCCACUGCUAGGUCGGUACUAUAUUUCAUCGUCACAAGAACACUUUCAAACUUAUCGUAGACUAUGGCUUCAAUUGAUUUAAUUAUGGUUUCACUUCUCACAUAUGUAUUAGUUUAUCACUGUUUGUUUGUUGCUUUACGCCAAAUCCAGCACUAUUCCAGCAGCAGUCAGGAAUAUUGCCACAAACCAUUGGUUGAUAUUCGGCGCAACAUCCUUGUAUGUUAUUAGGAAGAGAAUAAUUUCCUCCAGAAAUGUCUCUAGUGUCAGAGAGAAAAACUUUCUGUCAUGUAUGAUGUCCUAAAAAAACGAAAUAAAAAGAAAUAAAAAAAGAAAUAUUUGCAGAAUACUUUGGGACACUACACUGCACAGCGAAUCAUGGAUCUUUAGACACCUGGGCCAGGCGUGCCGGGCAGCUUGUAGGUUUCCUAGCAGGCAUCGAGCAAUUGUAGGUAGACGUUUUUACGGUGGAAUGAAUUGAAACACCAUUCAAACAUGAAUUUGGAAAUUACACAAUUCUGAUUGGUCAGUCAGACGUAUCAAGUCACAAUGACCAACUCUGAUUGAAAAGGCCGAUUUUACGACCGCAUCAUCGCGGACUCUGA